UCAGUUCUUAUGCUUCAAAACAACGUUUAAAAGGUGCUUUAUACGGCCACCCACUGGCCCUAAGCCUCAACAUGCUUCCGUAUUCUUCAGGAUACUCUACUUCUGCGUCGUCUUCGUCUUCUCCUCACUUCCAUGCUUCCCUUCCUUCACACCUGUCAACAGAGCUUGCCCUCCUUCAAACUUUUAUAAAACGGGCAUCAGCUCAACAUCGCUCACAGCUAUUUCUCCAACGGAUGGAAGGGGUAGUUAGGAUAGGAAAAGCUAUGAUGCUACAUGUCCGGAAAAUACCGGAAGAACGGAGGGGAGAAGCUUGCAUCGCAUGGAGAGGGAAAGGGGAGAAUUUGGUUAAAAAGAUGAUCAGAAUGCUCUUCAGUGCUCAGUACAUCACUUCACAGAUCAUCGAUCUAUACCACUUCCUGCCUCUGCAAACCACUGUCUUAUCUAUCUAUGCUAGGCUGUUCACUAUGACAGUUAGCUUAGCAAAUUCCCUUGAAAUGGAUGUGGAGGAGCUCUUAAUCUCUGCCGGGCGGAAGACCAAUGGAAAAAGGAAAACCGGGGCCGGAAAGAAUCAGAAGACCAAUGAAGUCGCUAUGGAUACACUGCUUGCUGAUGCUAUCCAGAAGAUGGGGGCGGACUUGGAGGUGGGUGAAGUGAUUGAGCGAUCCAACCAAUCCCUUGGCCCGGUAUCAAAGGCAAGUCCGGGAUCGAUAUCCGAGAGAUCCGCCUUUUCAUCCAAGUCUCCAAAACCCGGGAAACUUGUCGCUUCCGCUGUUGCUGUGUUGUCAUCUACAGUAGCCCCGGGAAACGGCUGCUUGGAAAAGGAAACAACAAUCGUCUCAAAACCCGUCGAACUUCCCCCUUCUCUACAGAUCGACCAGCUACUUGACACAUCUUCAAAUGAGAAAGAUAAGAAGAAGAAGCGGCGUGUUGAGACGGGUACCAACGCCUCAGAUGCCAUGACACCAGAAGAGCUCUCUACUGCGGGAGACAUUAUUCCCAAGAAGAAAAGUCGAGUCGUGAAACAUGAAAAAGGGAAAGGCGAUGAGAAGGCAAGGGCGAAAAAGAAAAAGAAGAAGGAUGCUAUGGACGAUAUAUUCGGUUUCUAAAGGAUAGAUGCUAAAGACGAAUAGUGCCCGAUUUUGCACUCCGUCUCUUUUUUAUGGCGUGGCGAAAGUCGUAACAUUGUCUGUAUCGUUAUCAUUGUCGGACAUAGAGGAUUAGCUAG